AGGAGUCACGUUGAGUAAGGGACCUCUUCUGUCUAGAUCCAGGACAUCUUCAGGGCAGACGAAGGGAGGGAACUUGGCCUCUGGUCCUUAAUGAAGGCCAGCUCCAUCCCAUCCCAAGCCAGAUGGCGUUUAAUGACUGCUUCAGUCUGUCCUAUCCUCACAACCCUCGCCCAGGAGACUUGAUUGAAGUGUUCCGUCCUGGCUAUCAGCACUGGGCACUGUACUUGGGUGAUGGCUACGUUAUCAACAUCGCACCUGUAGAUGGUGUCCCUUCACCAUUUACAAGUGCCAAGUCUAUGUUCAGCACAAAGGCCUUGGUGAAAAUGCAGCUUUUGAAGGAUGUUGUGGGAAAUGACACAUACAGAAUAAAUAACAAGUAUGAUACAACAUACCCUCCUCUCCCCCUGGAGGAAGUGAUGCAGCGGUCCGAGGUCGCUAUUGGGCAGGAGGUUACCUAUGACUUACUGGUCAACAACUGUGAGCAUUUUGUGACCUUGCUCCGCUAUGGAGAAGGAGUGUCAGAACAGGCCAACCGAGCAAUAAGCACCAUUGGGUUGGUGGCUGCUGCUAUUGAUAUCUUCACAUUCCUCGGCUUGUUUCCAAAGAGACAAAGAACAAAAUAUUAGCAGCUUGUUGAAGAGAUUGGAAUUGAAGGAAUCUGUGAGGAGAAAGAGAUUCUGGGGGUGAAUACUUAUUUUGAAUGCAUCAUUAUUUCUCCCGGUUCCCAUGAUGGAUGGCAGACUCUGUAAUAAAUUGCUUGCUGAUUUUAAUCUUA